AAACCCGUCCAGAGCCACCGUGGCACAGUACAGGCAAUGCUCCGUUCUUUACAGGACACUAUACAGACACCAGGAGUGGCCCAACAGCUGCCUCGCAACCAUGUUCCCACACAGCUUUGACUACAACCAGCCGAUGAGAAAGCGUUGAGAAGAAGGAGACAUGAUGGGACAGUUCCCAGAGGAUGUGGUGGGUGGCUCCACCACAGAGGAUCUGGAAUGCAAGAUCUGCUACUGUGCUUACAGCCUGUCAAGUCGACGGCCCAAGGUCCUCGAGUGCUGCCAUUGUCUUUGUGCCAAGUGCCUUGUCAAAAUCCUUGAUUUAGGUGAAUCCUCCCCGAACGCAGUGGUCUGUCCGUUCUGCCGCUACAUCACAGACCUUCCCAGAGAAGAUGUAGAGAGUCUACCAGAUGAGUAUAACUUGGUGUCUGCCUUGCUCUCCAUCCAGAAAAAGAAGCACCAGAACCUUAAUGACAACCAAGGGGAGAUUCUCCUCAGUCCCAGACACCUUAACUCUCUGGUGGGACAUUCGGCUUCAGCUUCUCCCACCUCGAUUCGUUCCAAUUAUGUGGUGAUCACCAUUAUGGAGCCUCGGCAGGAGUCUAUUAUUCCAGGUUCGGGUAGGGCAUACCGUUCUUCCAGUCAGGACUCCAUGGCCUCUGUUACCCAGAGAUGGACAGUUUGGAACUGUGCGGCCCUGCUGUGCCAGACUUUAGCACGCGUCCUGGUCUGGCUGCUGGGGCUGCUGUAUUUCAGCUCCCUGCCUUUAGGUGUCUAUCUGCUCAUCAUGCAGAACACCACGAUGGGGGUGUUGAUGGUCAGUCUGGUACCUGUUAGUCUUCUCAUUGUCAUGGUGUACGGCCUUUGCCAAUGCCUGUGCCGUGAGUUUUGGGACUGUGUACCACCAUAGUGACCAAAGUGUAACUGUUAUGUAUGGAUACAAUGAUUGGAUUUGCUAAUGGUCCUGCCAGUUUAUGGAAACUCGUACAUUUUCCAGUUUAUUGGAUAAACAAUGUACACUACUGAACUGAAAUACAAAAAAUAAAAGUAGACAUAUAUAAUUUAGUAUGCUAUCAUAAAAAUUCUAAUCAUGUUAGAAUACUUAAAAUUUAUUCUCUCUCUCUCUCUCUCUCUUUAUUUUUAUAACUGUCCAUGAUUGUUGAUUGUAAUAUGAGUGGUUGAAAUGGGCAGGUCAAUAACGACAUCCACUCUAGGUUUGCUGAUGUUUAUUUUCUCUGUCUGAAUAGUUAACAUGCAAUAACUUUGUUAGUCAUUGGAUGUUUGGGUGACAUUUUACAAUAAGGACCCAUUAGUUAACGUUAAUACUGCAUUAAAUAACAUUAACUGACUAUGAGCAAUAUUUUUGUUACAGUAUUUAAUAAUUAAUUUGUUAAUUUUAGUUAAUAAAAUACAACUGUGAGUUCAUGUCAGAUCAGGUCCAUUAGAAAAAGUAUUAUCAGAUACACUUUUGAUUUCAAAUGACUUUAAUUAAGAUUAAUAACUAAUGUGCUUAACUAAUGUUAACAAAUGGAACCUUAUUGUAGUGUUAACAAUGUUUUCAAUAUAAAGCACUUAAACAUACCACAUUCUGGGUCAUGGGUAGGCCAUAUAUUUUAAGAUUUAAUAAUCAUGUUUAUUAGUUUGACAUUGUUUCACUUGGAACAAAAAGGAAUGGAAAACACAAACGUGUCCGAACAUGUUUUCAUGAGAAAUUCACAAAUGAACCAUUAAUGUGUAUCACAAGAAUGAUGAGGAAUGUACUUUAAACAGUUUGGAAAAAAACUUUACCUCCCAAAAUAAAUCAGAUGCAGCUCUCAUUACGUAAGUUGUGUAAGUUGUUGCAAAAUCUGGAAAAGCUAAAUUUCAGAUCUUGAUACAUUAUACCAUUCCACUUCUACACAAUGUGAAGGUUUGUAGGGGAAAACACUAUUAUUCACAUUUGUAUAUAAAGCUGUGUUUUAUAUUGUGUUUUGUAAAACUUUUGAUGCUGCUUGAACAAGAUGAAAUACACUGACCCUGCUGAGGGGAAACAAUUAAAAUAGUUUAAUUCGUAGUUUAUGUUGCAUGGACAAUU